AAGACAUCCAACAACACGCUAUCACGGCUGCCCUCGCUCUCGCAACUUUCUACGACCACCACCACAUCAUUCCGCCCCCAAAAGCAUGCAGCCGAGACCGCGCUGCUGACCUCGCUCUACCGCGACCAGUUCCCCGAGUGGUUCUUUGAACUUCGGCAAGGCUUCAACCUCGUCUUCUACGGGUACGGCUCCAAACGCGCGCUGCUGAACGAAUUCGCCCUUGAGGUCCUGAGCGCCGACGCCGCGGUCGUCGUCGUGAACGGGUUCUUCCCCGCCAUCUCGCUGAAAUCCAUCCUCAACAGUAUUGCCGAUAAACUCAUCCCGUCUUACACGACUGCAAAAAAUUCGACAACAAAUAGGACAAUGUCAGCACCAACAGACCAACUAACUCACCUCCUCACCCGCAUCACCCGCCGCACCUACCUCCUAAUCCACAACAUCGACGCCCCACCCCUCCGCGCCCGCGCAACCCAAGCCGCCUUCGCCCGCCUCGCCGCCCACCCCCACAUCCACCUCCUCGCCACCAUCGACCACAUCAACGCGCCUUUACUAUGGGACAACGUUGCCGCCCACAAUUUCAACUGGCUGUGGCGCGACCUGACCACGUUUGCGGAUUACGAAGUUGAGACCCUGCGUGCCGGGAACACGACGCUGGGUGCACGGUGUGCGCGCGCGGGGUUGGGUGAGGUUGGCGGGGUUGCUGGGGCGACGGAUGGGGCGCGCACGCUCAGCGCUGUGCUGCAUGUCUUGAGAUCGUUGAAUAGCAACGCGAGGGGGAUAUUUCGGUUGUUGUGUGAGCAUCAGUUGGCUGCUGGGGAUGAGACCGACCCUGCAUCACCAUCACAACAACAGAAAGGCAACAGCAGCAACAACAUCACGCAACCCGGACUCUCCCACGAGCUGUGGUACGCCAAAGCGCGCGAGAAGUUCCUUGUGGGGAAUGAUAUCACCUUCCGCACGCAGUUGGGCGAGUUUCGCGAUCAUGCGAUCGUGGUGGCGAGAAAGAGUCCGGGGGAUGGGAGGGAGGUGCUGGCUGUGCCGCUGGAUCGGGAGACUCUGGAGGCGGUGUUGGAAGGGAUG